GUUUGUCUUCAUCUACUGCCAGUGUCCUGCGUAUGCUGCAUAAUUCACAUAUUUGGAUCCGUCACCGGUCAGGUCGAAGAUGAGCCGACUUACUACUCCACGUGCCGAACCGGAUGUAUCUACUCAUGACGACGAAACCGACGCCUACCAAUGGCUCCACAGAAAAUUUCACUGCUGUCUUCGAAGACGCCGAAACGGUACAUGUGGCCUUGCAUGUCGGGUUUUCCUUGAUGGUCAUUGGUGGUUCUGUUAUGAACCCUAAAUACAACUGUCAACGCUCCAUUCCCCAUUCCCCAGACUACGACUCUCCGACUCUCCUUCUGCAACAAGUCAAUUGCCUCCUGGUUUCUUCGACAUUUUAUCUCGGCGCUCACAGAAGCUCCGAUUCUGAUGUCGUCUUUCGGUCGAUGGACUCUGUUCUGUUCUACAUCAACUCAGACGAAUUGGCGAGUGUCUCUAGCACUGCAUUUUUUGCGCAAAUGAGAGUUCGCAGUCACCUUGAUGGAGUGAUCGACAUCCCAGACAAUGCGGACGUUCUGAGGAUCAUCCUGUGCGUCUUGUAUGACGUGCCGUGCGGGGGUCGUUCACCAUCGUUCAACGACUUGGAAAAGGCGAUAGAUCGGAUGACGACGCACGGUGUUAUCCCGAAGGCGCAUAUUCUGCCUUCAACGCAUAUCCACGCCCUCCUUCUGUCGCAUGCGUUGGAGAACCCAUUGGUGCUAUAUUCUCUCGCUGCACACCAUGGCCUUGAUGAUCUUGCAACGAGCGCGUCGGCACAUCUUCUUUCCUGGUCGCUACACGAUAUCACAGAUGAUAAUACCAGGCGCAUGGGGCCGAUAUAUCUGCGGCGUCUUAUGAAUCUCCAAAUGCAACGAACGGAGCUCCUUAAACGUCUCCUCAUGCAGCCUCCAGACGCCCACCAACACACUAGGGUGUGUGGAUACGCAGAGCAGAAGAAAGUCUCGGACGGGUGGAUGAUGGUAGCUGCGCCUCUGGUGUGGUCGGCUAGGCCCGGUACGCUCAACGUCAUAGAAUUCUCAACGGACGCUAUUCAAAUGGCGUUUUCUGUGCUGGAGGAUGGUUUAAUUUGUGAGAUGUGUCGCAUUUGUUUGGAUGUGAGGGUUAAGGAUAUACUCCUGCAAUGGUCGUCUGCGAAGUUUUGUACCGGUCGCUAG